UGUCUGUCCAGGAACAAAUCAACCAUCAGGCUCAGGAAGGAGCUUAACCUCACCUUCAAUUCUUCCUUGAUGAUUAUCCAUCACAUUUGACACAGGGCUUUUUCCCAAACAUUUAAUGUAGACAGAUACUCGGUCAAUAACAUCUGAUCCAUACAUCUAAGCGUCGUUUAAUAUCCUAAACCCCUCGCGAGGUGAAGAUGGAGUCAUCUUCCUCCCGAGACCCCUCCGCCCAAAACUCCCCAACUCCAGAGCAAAAUGCCCCCAGCGCAUCAAGACCCAGUCGGAGUCAUCGAUCGUCGAGUCGGACGACCGCUCAAGAUCUACCAUUGCACAACAAAAAUGCUCCCAUUCCAGACGAGAAGCAAGGCGCUGAUCUACCGUUGACCAUGUCAGCUUCGGUGGUAUUAACCAGCCUGCCACGCGAUGCGCAUCAAGCCAUGGCAGACGCUGAAGCCGUGGACACGGGUAAAGUGACUGUUCGCUUUCAACCUCUGCCGUCGGCGCCCAUUCUCAAAAAUCGGGUCUUCAAAGUCAGCGCGUCGCAAAAGUUUGAAACGGUGGUCAAAUUUCUCCGGAAGAAGCUCGACUGCAAAAAUACCGAUUCGGUGUUUUGCUACGUGAACAGCGUCUUCGCUCCGGGGUUGGAUGAGGGUAUUGGGGGGUUGUGGCGAUGCUUCAAAACGGAUGAUCAACUCAUUGUCGCUUACUCCAUGACACCUGCGUUUGGUUAGAGAUGCGAAAAGUACUUUGCAAUGAUACCCGAAGAAACGCAAUUAAUUAUUAGACAGUACUCAAAAUGUGCAACGUUUGUAGCGGCCAAUAGAUCUAUCUCAACUA